GUGGAAUUACGGGUUAGCGCAGAGAAAUGGUGUCUUGUUCCCCGGAACUACUGUUGUUGAUCUCCCGAGACUUGCAUUUAUCUACAUGAUGCGGCUCAAUGCAAGUCGAUCCCAUCAUGUGACGCAACAACACUUGAAGGCCAACCUUGGAGCCACCGGAACAACAAAGGAAAUCUUAUCUGACAGGACAGGAUGGGGAUUCAGAUCGUCUGCAGCAGCAGCAAGGGGCCUGCCCUAUCGAGCAGGGAUGGCGAUCUCUGAUCAGCCGCUGGAGGCGAGGCUUCGCGCAUACGAGUCAGCCCAUCGCCCGCCCAGGACUUGCCGAACGGUGAGGGAAAGUUCGUCUGGCAGUCAUCCACACCUGUCGGCAACCACAUCCGUUCCAGCUCAGUCAUCCCGAGUCUCUCCUAGGCGCCACGAUAGCAUGGAGUACAUGGUUCUCCAGAGCAAUGGUGUCGGGAAAUUGCCGCAGACCCAGCGAGACCCAUCAACCGUGCUGAGCCAGCAGACUGUUUGAUUCAAAGUCCACUCCUGUUUCCUCCGAUGCCCGCACAAAUGCUGGAGGCCGGAUCGUAAAAGUCUGGGGCUUCGCACACCCUUGGUCUGCCACACCCUCCCGAGGAGCAUCCCCGGCAUUCCUUUUUUUAACAACCCAAUCAAUCAUGCUGGACAUACACUAAGAGUCAACAUCCCGCGACUAAAUUUUCCACGGACUCCGAGGGACUGCUUGGAGCCGGCUCUCCAAGGUUAAUUCGUUUCUAUAUCCUGAAGGAGCUUGGACAUUAGGAGGAUAAACUCUCUCAACACUCGACGACGUCCGCGCGAAGAACAACGAAGGGGAAUACCAAAGGGCCGGAUCUAAACAGCACCUGACCCACAAGCGCCAAAGUAUAACUGGUCGAUAUUUUGGGACUGCCUUUUUGCGGAACAACCCGUCGUCAUCAUGCCCUACGAAGCAUGGGUUGCGGUGCCGACCCUUUUGUGCAGCUCGCUGUCUGCGGUUGCCACGGGGGCGGUGAUACUGAUGUGGCUAUUUACGAGCCAUGAGGAAAAGCACUCGUUUCGAUAUGCGCUGGUGAUGAACCUCACGCUUGCUGAGUUCAUCAACUCUUUGAACAACACAAUCUCGGGGAGCAUAGUGGUAUCGACACAGCAAUGGCUCAAGCUCGGGCUGCCCUGCUCCUUGAACGGCUGGAUCGGCCAGAUAUCGGUCCAAGCGGCCGACUUCUCGGUGCUCGCCAUCGCGGUGGUGACGCUGCUAACCGUCAACUUCAACCGCUGGAUCAUGCACUGCAGCACGAUGGAGCAGCGGCUGAUCUGCCUCUUCGUCUGGGCGAUGCCCUUCUUCACGGCGUCCCUGGCCCUCGUGACCAACAAGAUCGAGCCCGUGACGGGCAACUGGUGCUGGAUCGCGCAGGACCCUCCCUACCUGCGCUACGUCCUGGGCCACGGCUGGCGGUUCGCCAUCUUCCUGGCCGUGAUCGGCAUCUACAUCGCCGUGUUCUUCAGCGUGCGGCGGCGGCUCCUGAAGCGCAACCAGGAGCCGCGGCUCCGGCGCAGCUACUCGUUCAGCAUGUACACGGACUCGGCGCCGGACGUCAACGCGGUGAUGAGCAACAACGAGCUGAUCCGCGGCAAGCACACGAUGCCGACGACGGUGCGCGAGGCGGUGACGCGGACGAGCUCGGACCGCAACAAGACGACGGGGCUCGAGGCGGCACAGGAGGCCAAGCUCAGCGCGCAGCAGCGGCUCGGCAUCAAGCCGCGCAUCCGCGUGAUCCAGAGCAGCCAGCUCGACCACGACACGCGGCACUGGCUCCUCCUGUCGCUGUUCCCCAUGGCGUACAUCGUGGUGUGGAUCCCGGGGCUGGCGAACCGGUUCGCCGAGCUGGCGGGGCGGCAGGAGCAGUGGCUCAUCGCGGCCCAGGCGACGACGCAGCUCACGGGGCUGGUCAACGCGCUGGUGUAUGGCUUCAAGGAGCACAGGCACAUGAUGAGGCGGAGGCAGAAGUCCCAGGAGCUGGUGAAGAAGAUUGGAUUGGAUCUGGAUGUCUGA